AUGGACUCGCUUUUCGGCCGCAAAAAGCGUUCGCGCCAGUUCAACUCGGAAGCAGCCGACAAAGCGAUGCCAUACGAACCGAGGAUUAGUGGGCGCGCACCCAACGCUCUCGACAACUUUCUCGCCACCGGCUCACACCAUACCAACUCUUCUCCCACCAACUCUCCUCCCACCAACUCUCCUCCGAGAAACUCUCCUGCGUCCAACUCUCCUGCGAUCCACUCUCCUGCGAUCCACUCUUCUCCGGCCAGCUCCAAGCUCUCUAUCGGUAACCCCUCUGGCAAUCCUGCCCUCGGUAGCGGCGUUCAUCGUUCUAGCGCCUACUCGACCGUCGACGACUUUGCCCCCUAUCCUUCCACCUCGUCCAUCAUCUCCACCAUCUCUUCCAGCGGUGGCCUCUCUUCGCAUCGUCGCAACAUCUCCGGUGCUUCUUCCUCUCGGCAUGGCGUAGGCACGCACGAUUCGAUCCAGUCUGGCUCGUCCAGCUUUGCUCCCAAUGGUACGCGCUCGUCGCGGUAUACCUCAAGCACCAGUGCAGGUCUCGCUAACGAUCGCAGCUCCAUCCGCUACAACGGCGGCGCAGCGCAGAUGCCGCAUGAUGUGCUCGGUGGCAUGUCGUUUGCCAGCACAGCUGCAUUCUCGCAUCCCGAUCAUGGUAGAGCAGGCUCCGCUCCUGGUGCCAGCACCACUCAUUCUAGUCUAGGUCGAGACUCGUAUCACCCGCAGCAGCAGCAUCGUUCGCAUGCCGCGGCGCCACAAGGAGGAGGCAAAGCACCCGACUUUGUACUUCAACGUCCACCAGAUGCCCAAGUCGAGCGUCUUUUCGCUGAGCUUAUGGACAAGCGCGAUUUCCUCAACCUACCUGGAGGUAACCUCUCGGACGAACUCAAGGAGACAGCACGUCGCAACAUGCUCGGUUUCAGCGUCGACAAGAAAUGGACUCUCGUCUACAACGAUAAACUCACCGAAUGGCAUGCUGAAAAGGAACGCGAUCGCAACAGGCGCCAACAUGCCGGCCAUGCUGGGCCUGCCGGCGCUGCCUCAAGUCUCCUCAUCACACGAAACUCUCCAGAGUGGUUCAUCAAGAAAUUCAUGGACGGAACCGUCACCACGAAGCACAUCGAGUCCUUGGCAGUCACUCUGCGAACCUGUGCGAUUGGUUGGAUUCAGAGCUUCGUCGAGGCCAAGGGAACGCCUGUCCUUGCUAGCUUUCUUAGUGGCUUGCAUGCCAAGGGCAUCAAGAAUGACAAUGAUCUAGCCUUGGAGUAUGAAGUCUUGAAGGCUUUCAGAUCGCUCUUCAACUCCAAACCUGGUGCCAACGAUGCCCUUGCACAGCCCAAAUGCAUCAGCGGCAUCACCCACUCGAUGAUCUCUCUCCAGCUCACAACACGCAAGCAAGCAGCCGACAUCCUCCUCUUUCUCUGUCAUUGGGACAAACCAACCGGUCACAGGCUCGUAUUGAAAGCAUUUGACCAUCUCAAGACCAGCCAAGGCGAUCACGGCAGAUUUGACGCAUGGUUUCGCAUCCUCGAACAGACCAUUGACGGCCGAGGCAAGAUGGGCUCCAUGGUCGGUGCCUCUGAUGAAGUCAAAAAGCUUAGCGUUGUCGGUCCGCACGAAUCAAGCCUAAACGAGUAUGCGAUCAACAACAUGUUCCUCAUCAACGCUAUCCUCAAUUCCGACAUUGUGCCCGAGUUCGAGGUGAGAGUGCAUCUGCGCCACCAGAUGGAAGCAAGCGGCUUACAGAGGAUCUUGAUCAAGAUGCGAGCCUUCAAGAAUCCCGAUCUGGAUGUCCAGAUUGCAGUCUUCCAAAAAGGUGCAGAGGCGGAUCACGAGGAUGUCGUCGAGACUUUCAACAAGGAGGUGCUUACCGAUUUGAGCGAUCCUCUCGAUGUCUUUCGUGCGAUCGUCGGUAAAGUGCAAGGGUCGAGGGCAUAUGACUUUUUCUUGUCCGCCUUGCAGCAUUUCUUGUUGAUUCGAAGAGAGGGUGAUGAUCUGGUGCAUUACUAUCAGCUCAUUGAUUCCAUGGUCACUUCCGUCGUCAUGGAUCGAAAAGGCGCUGUCGAGGGCAACGAUCUCUCCUCCUUGCUAGGCGUAUCAGUCAACAACCUUCUCUCACGAUUCGCAGAUCAAGAUCACAUCAACUCGAUCCAGUCCGAGCUCCAAAAAGCAAAAGCAAAAGCAGCCGCUCUCGAGCAGGACAAAAUGCAACUCGAAGCCAAACUCAAAGCCGGAUCAGACGGCCUCAUCGGCAAGCUUCAAGAACAGAUCGAAAAGCUCCAAGACGAUCUUUCCCUCGCCAGAGGCAAUGCAGGUGCAGCUCGAGACGAGAUGGACGAGAUGGAAAAAGCUUACAUCGAUCGAGUGGUCGCAUUGGAGAUCCAGAUUAGAGAGUUGUACGAUAUGUUGAGGGAGGCACAGAUGGAUGUAAGUGAUCUAGCCGCACCCGGCAAAGGUCAGUUGGAUAGGAAACAGUUGGUGGAUACGUUGGAGAAGCAGUUGGAGAGGAAUAAGACGAUAAGAAAGUUGGAGGCGAAUGCCAGAAAGAAUAAGCAUGGCAACGGAAAAGUGCCGCCAGUCCCCGAAUUUCCCGCUGUGGCGGGGGGUGAUCAGGACAGGAAGAGGAUCAGUGCGAGUGUUAGGAGGCAGUCGAUCCUGGCACGUCGUGUUGGUGAGCAUGCAGUCGAGCCAGAGCAGGCGGAAGAGGAGGCAGAGGAGGAGGAGCACGAGGGACAUGAUGAAGAACCCUUGGAUCCAGAGGCUGCCAAGUGGAAGAUUCAAGCUACACUUGCGGCAGGUAUGGCUCAGAACACGGAUCUUGCCUCAAGAAUGGUCGAUGCCAGAGAGUCGAGACGUCGCAAAGCACAAGCUCCUACCCCUAAGGGCAAUGGCAAGAGGACUUCUCAUCCUGCUGUCCGUACUUUGCUCGACGAGAUUCGACGUCAGCGCCAAGACGAUUCGGAUUCGGACGACGAGUCGCUGGCUGGUAGAGGAAAGAAGAAGCCCACUGUCACACUUGCAAGCGUGGACGAGGCUGCUUCCGCACCUCCCGCAGCAGCAGUCGGGUCGACAGGGGGUUUGGCCCCUCCAGGAGGUGCACCGCCACCGCCACCGCCACCGCCACCGCCACCGCCACCACCACCACCUCCUCCUCCUCCUCCUCCGCCGCCUCUGCCCAUGCUUCUCCCCUCAAUGGCAGCAGCAGCGCCAGGUGUCUCCCCGGCUCAGAAAGCAUUGCUCGAUGCAGCGGCCAUGCCUCCACCUCCACCACCGCCUCCUCCCCCCGCACCACCUGGAAUGCUACCUGGUUUCUCCCAGAGCAGCAGCGGAGGCAUCAGUGCCGACACGCGAUCUGCUUUCUCCACUCCAGACUCGUCUCGUCCAGGAUCCAUGCUUGCUUCCGUCAUGGGUACACCUGCUCCACCCGCACCGCCGCCGCCCGGAUCCAUCACGGAAUCGCCGACCCAAGACGGUGCUUAUCGAAAUUCGAUGAUGAACGUCCGAGCAUCUUAUGCACCGACGAACCUCGGUCCAGCAGGUCCCAUCGCCGCGCCUCCUGCACCCGGUGUUGCUGGCUUGUUCGCAAACCAUGCUCUCAGUCGCAAAGAAGUGCUUGCUAUGGCUCGAACCAAAAUGAAGCAGCUCCAAUGGGAUAAGCUCUCUCCACAACAUGCUGCUGAGACCAUCUUCGGCCAGCAUCAACUUACCGCUGAUGAAGAAGAAAUCGUCAAGAUGCUUCAGCAGGAGGGCUUGUUCGAUGAGAUGGAAGAGGAUUUCAAAGCCAAGCAACCCGUCAAGAAAUUUGCCAACACAGCAAAGAAGGAUAAGAUCGAACUCAAGACGCAUCUCAGCCUGCAAACUCGACAAGGUAUCGAAAUGGUUCUCAAACGAGUCAAAUCUAGCUUGACCGAAAGUAAGCAGGCUUCGCCCGAAGAGGUUGCGCAUCACAUCAUCAACUGUAACGAGGCCGUUCUGGAUCAGAGCUUCUUGACCGAGCUGUUACGGCACUAUCCCGAGUCAGAAACCAAGGGUCAGUUGGGAGAAUACAGGAAUGCAUCGGACGAAGAACUACGUUUGCUCCACCCAGCAGAUCGAUUGGUAGUGUUGCUCAUGACAGUACCGCAUCUGAAAGAUAAGGUUAAGGGUCUGCUGUAUAUGACAAAGUACAAAGAGACGUUUGAUCUGAUCAAAUCAGGUACGGUCAAGGUUAGAGAUGCAUCGGAAGGGUUGAUGAAGGCCAAAGCGUUUGCGCGAUUGCUGAGUUUGAUCUUGAUGAUGGGUAAUUAUCUCAACUCGACCGGUGUUCAGGGCGGAGCAUUCGGGUUUAAGAUCACCUCUAUCAACAAGCUCGUCGAUACCAAGGCGAGCGAUGGAACAACACUCUUGCAUUUCAUCGAGAGGACUAUCAGCAAGUGUUUUCCCGAAGUGGAGGCCUUCAUGGAAGAACUAGAGUUACCGGCGGAAGCAUGUCGUGUUCAACUUUGGGAAUUGAGGAGAGAUCUCGCCGAACUUAAAUCCGGUUCUUUCCAACAUCGUAAAGAGCUCGAUCGCCUGCUUGACGAGAGCGAAGAAAACCUGCAGGAUCCCUACGUCAAAAUCAUGCUCCCUUUCCUCAACGAUGCAGCUAGCGAGCUGCAGCGGUUGAACGAUCAAGUUCAGUUCACGGAACGAGUGUAUGGAGAGGCGUUGAAGUACUUUGGCGAAGGACCGGAUCCUAAGAAGCGUGGAUUGGGAGGGUUUGGGAAUCAAGUAAUGAAGACGGAAGAUUUCUUUGGGAUUUUUAAAGAGUUCUUAGCAGCCUAUAAGAAGGUGAAACUCGACAACGUCAGGAUAGGGGAACAAAGGGCCUUGGAGGCCAAGAGAAGAGCGGCGGCGGAGGAGAGGGAGAAGGAAAGACAGGAGGCUCUAGCGAGGAAAGAGGCUGGGGUGGAUGAUAGUGCAGUGUUGGAAACACUACUGGGUAGUCUGAGGAGUGGUGGGGGUGGAGGACCGCAUAAACAGAGGAGAAAGGCCAGGGAGAGGAGGCAGACAAAUGCUAAUCCUCAAUUGCAGGGUGCCAAGGCUGAAGGUGGGGUUGGUGGGGGUGAGCGUGGUGGAUCCGAAGAUUCGAUGAGUGGUGCAGGAGGUGCGGGACAGGGUGGAAGUCCGAGUGACGUUGCAGCGGCGAUGCUGGCCAAGUUGCAAGGUGGUGAGGAUGGCAACGGUGGUGAAGGAGGGGCAGGGACGCCAAGUGCAAGUGCGUUUAGAACUACGAGAAGAAGAGAUAGGAGGAGUGGUAGGGAAGCACCCAUUCUUCCAUCCUUACUCGGUUCUAAUUCUGCCACCACCACCAUCACCACCACCAACUCCUCCUCCUCCUCCCAAACUUCCUCCGCCGCAAACGAUGGAAAGGAAGGGGCGGUAUCAACCGAAUCCUCACCAGCACUCUCCCAACAAACCUGCUCGACAACACAUACACUGUCACAAUCGAUCUCUGUCUCCAGCUCAGGUAUGCGCCUUCCAGGAGACACCACGAUCGGGGAUUCCACCAUGGUCCCUUCCUCUUGCUCCCGUACCAACAUUCUCUCUUCGGACCAAGCGGUGGUUGAGGAACAACGCGAAGUAGCAGAGGAAGAGGAAGAGGGGGAAUCCCAAGACGCCCUCCCAAGCCCAACCAAGUCUUCAGCUGGAAACCGGGAUGCACCCUCAGCACCCACACCCACACCAGGAGGGGAAGUAGGGGGAAGCGAUCUGGAAUGGUUCGAUCCCGAUCUAAGUGGGUUUAGUGCUGCUGGACAGAGUGUCAAGUCUCAACAUGGCGAACAAUAA